CCCCUCCACUUUGUACCUUUCUCGCCUCGGCUGCGAAGCGGGCCGAGUCCCGCCAGGCCACACCGGACCGGACCCCGGGGCGAUGCGGCUGCUGCCCCUGCUGCGGACCGUCCUCUGGGCCGCGCUCCUCGGCUCCCCUCUGCGGGGGGGCUCCAGCCUCCGCCACCCGAUCUACUGGAACUCCAGUAACCCCAGGCUGCUUAAAGGAGACGCCGUGGUGGAGCUGGGCCUCAACGAUUACCUGGACAUCUUCUGCCCACACUAUGAAAGUCCAGGGCCCCCUGAGGGCCCCGAGACCUUUGCUUUAUACAUGGUGGACUGGCCGGGCUAUGAGGCCUGCCGGGCAGAGGGGGCGAAUGCCUUCCAGCGCUGGAAGUGCUCCAUGCCCUUCGCUCCCUUUGGCCCUGUUCGUUUCUCAGAGAAGAUUCAGCGCUUCACGCCGUUCUCCCUGGGCUUCGAGUUCUUGCCCGGAGAGACUUACUACUACAUCUCUGUGCCGACCCCGGAGAGCUCCGGUCAGUGCUUGAGGCUCCAGGUGUCUGUCUGCUGCAAGGAGAGCAGGUCCGAGUCAGCCCAUCCUGUUGGGAGCCCUGGAGAGAGUGGCACCUCUGGGUGGCGAGGGGGCCACGCUCCUAGCCCCCUCUGUCUCUUGCCACUGCUGCUGCUCCCAGUCCUGCGUCUCCUGCGAGUUCUGUGAUUGAGGCAGACCCUCCAGCACCCCUGGAGGACGGGGCCUGCUACCAGCUGGGUGCCCAGCCAGGUCGCCGGAUGGAGCCCUGAUGAGUCAGAGGGGCUGAGGUGACCCCUGCAGGUGCCCACCUCCAGCUCAGCCGGAGAGGAGCUGGAGGGUGCUGCAGACCGUCCUGGGCAUCGCAGAGGCAGGACACAUGGCUUUGCUGCUGCGCAGAUGGAUGGUCUCAGCCCCCAGGAGCCUGACAAGAUCCUUAGCCAGCAGGGACCAAGGUGGAGAUGGAAGAGCCGGGCUUCUGGCUCAGGGCCAAGGAAGCCCUGCUACCUCGAUGGGGGCUGUUCCGGGCAGCGCCUCGCCCGACCCAGGAGUCACCCACUUGUCUUCUGUGAAGACGGACUUGCUGUGAGACUGAAUUUCACACCGUUUGUAUUUUUAUAAAAGUGUCUGGACCAAAUCUUCAAUAAACCACCCCUCCCAUGUC